GGCAUGAGAUCAACUGAUUGGGCAAAAUUAUCCACAAUGGAGGACAUGGAUGGUGACUCGUCAUCAAAAACAGAGGAAAAAGAUCCACCCCAGAGUCCUUAUUCUGUUGAAACGCCAUAUGGCUUCCACUUAGAUCUUGAUUUCCUGAAGUAUGUUGAUGACAUUGAAAAAGGAAAUACUAUCAAGCGGAUUCCAAUUCACAGGAAAGCAAAACACCCAAAGUUCAGCACUCUGCCUCGGAAUUUCAGUCUUCCAGAAAAUGGAUCCAAGGCCUAUUCCUCCUCCCAAAGUAAAAGCUUUCUGACACAGAGGAAAGCCUCCUUAGGGACAGAGGAAAGUACCCUUCUUGUCACAUCCACAGAAUCAUCACCAUCUUCAGGCUAUCUAAAUGAGCCAAGUUACAGAAGGAAAGCCCUCUUAACAGAGACCAUCAAACAAGAUUCUGCUAAUCUUGAAGAGGAGACUAGUAGAGGGAGGCCUCAGCUGCUGAGGGCAUCAAGUAUGCCUGCCACACUUCCACCAAUCCAAAAUUCAGAAGACAGUCAGCUAGCAGCAGGUUCUCCACCACUAGACCCUUUCCAAUCUGUGGAUGGAAAGGGCUUACAAUUUGAUUUUACUCCUGUAAAAGAACCAUUGGAAUUAGAUAACUCCUGUGGUUCUUCAUUAACAGUCUCAGGAAACCUAAAAAAUGUGAAACCACAAAGCAAUAUGGCCGCCUAUGCUAGCCAGAAACCCACAGAUCAAGAGAACGCUAUUCUUGAGCACGACAAGCAAGAAGUAGAGCUUCCUGAGGAAAGAAUACAACUCAGUGCUCUAUGGCAAAGCCAGCAUUUAAUAUCUGAAGAACUGCUUGUAGUUACUGAAAGUGCAAAAGAAGAAUGUAGCAUAGGAGAGACUAAUAACUCUCUGCAGUUAGUCCAGAGUGUAUUAGAUGCUUCUGGAACUUUGGAAUACAUGUAUGAAAGCCAGUCUCAGGAAGAAAGAGAACUGAAUAUAUGUGAGAGUGUUCCACAGGUACUCAAGGAGGAUGAAGUUGACAGUAUUGGCACUAGUGAGAUGGGGGCAAGUUUGCAUCCUGAGGCUUUGACUGAUGAAGAACCUGGCAAGGUAAUAGCCUUGAAGCAACAUAUUGCCAUUCUGGAAGAGCAGCUAAAUAACAAAACAGAGGAACUUGAGCAGAUCCGUGUCAUUUUGAAGCAGCAAGAUAAGGAGAUCAAGGCAAAAGAGAGAAGUAUUGAGAUGCUCGCAAGCUCCAAAGCUCAGCUGGAAGAGAAACUCUGUUGGGAGAGCACCAAAGAAAUUAAACCAUCCAUGCAAGCUAACAGUGCCCUCCAGUGCCAUGAUGCUGCUGUGAAUACUGAAAUUGUGCAUGAAAAGGUAGUGAAAGGGGCAUCUGACAAAGGGAUCAAUGUAAGCAUCACCAUACCUAUGGAAUCUGUAGGAUGUGAUGUUCAUGAGGCUAAUAUGAAUAUGCAGCUCACAGAAGUAAGCAAAGAGAUUGUCCAUGCAAACCAUGAGAGGGUAAGCACCCCUGUUAGUGCUGGAGAGAAAAACAGCACAUUUUUUGGAGUGGAACAGUGUAUUGAUGGUUCCAUUCUUGAAAUGAAGAAUAAUGAACUGAAGAUUGAUGAACACACUGAAAAUAAGAAAUAUCAGAAUGAAGUAUGCCAGUGUGGCACGCUGUUGUCUUCUGCUAGUGUUCCAGCUGGUGGAAGAUGCUCAGAGUUUGGCGAUGCAAAGGAAAAAGGAAAUGAAACUGUUUUUAAAAAAGAUUUUAAGGAAGAUCUGAAUGAGGAAGAGAGCCACCCAGAACCAGUGGAUUCACCUGCAGAUCCCUCCAUACGCCAGUAUGUUAAAAAAAUCCAGGACCUUUUACAAGAACAGUGGAUGUGUCUAGAACAUGGCUAUCCAGAACUGGCCAGUGCAAUUAAGCAACCUGCCUCAAAGCUCAGUUCCAUUCAGAACCAGCUUGUUAAUUCCUUGAACUUGUUGCUCUCUGCAUACUCAACACAAAAACCAACAGACAAGGAGAAUUCCAACACACAGUGUCAACAGUUGGAGAUCUCUCCAAGCACAAGUCUUAAAUCAAUUAUGAAAAAGAAAGACACUGGUUUUCAUGCAGGAGGUAACAGCACCAAAAAGAACCUUCAGUUUGUUGGGGUAAAUGGUGGUUAUGAAACUACAUCCAGCGAAGAUUCAAGUUGUGAUGAAAGCUCAUCAGAAGAAAAUUCCAACAGUGAACCUGAGAGGAAGUAUGGCAGUGAAGAGCAGAGAUGGGGGGAAGGAGGCAAUAGAAGUGGACAAACAGCACCUGGAUCUUCCCAGCACAAGAGAGAAGUUUCUGAUUCAGAAGAACUAGAGAGCACUAAAAGAGAAAGCACACAGCACAAGACAGAGAGAUUUAAACCCUCUGCUGAUUUUCUGGAAGGAUGUCAAAUCUUGAGCAAAAACCUGUCAGAAAUAAGGACCACCAAGGACAAAUUAUUGAAGCAUGUUUUAAGCACCAUCUGCCAGGAGUGGUUCCGAAUCUCAAGCAGGAAAUCCUCCAGCCCUGAAACUGUUGCAGCCUAUCUUCAAGAAGUUGAGGCCAUUCAUCCACAGUUACAGAAUAUAAUUGUAAACUUAGCAGAUGGGAAUGGAAAUACAGCACUUCAUUACAGUGUUUCUCAUUCCAACUUCCAAAUUGUGAAGCUUCUUUUAGAAACAGGUGUUUGUGAUGUAGACCAUCAGAAUAAAGCUGGGUAUACGGCAGUAAUGAUCACACCAUUAGCAUCAGCAGAGACUGAUGAAGAGAUGGAGGUAGUCACAAAGCUGUUGAAAGAAGGCAAUGUUAACAUAAGAGCAAGUCAGGGUGGCCAGACUGCUUUAAUUUUGGGUGUGAGUCAUGAUAGAGAAGAUAUGAUAAAAGCUCUGUUGUCAUGUGGUGCUGAUGUAAACCUUCAGGAUGACUCUGGAUUGUCACCUCUAAUGGUUGCUUGUCAGUAUGGUAAUGUUGAGAUUGUGAAGCUUCUCUUGUUUCAUCCAAGCUGUAAUAUUGAAUUAACUGAUAAGGCUGGUAAUUCUGCAUUGUCCAUCGCUUUGAAAUCUGCCCACGUAGAAAUUGCAGAGUUCCUCCAGGCCCACAUAUAGCUCAGCCAG